AUGGACAGAGAUAAGAGACAAGCAGCUGGAGGGAACGGGAGGUUUAACCUUUUAGAAGCUGCAUGUGGGAGACUCGAGGCUACAGGACAUCGUGGAGGAGAAAGGUACAAGCGAGUGGUGACCCCUCGGCGAGCGGGGCUGGCAGUGGUGAUAUGCUGGAUGGUGGCUUUCAUCGUGGGACUCACGCCCAUGUUUGGCUGGAACAACCUGAGUCGCCUCCAGCAGAACGGCUCCAUCAGCUCUGACCUCAUUAUCACCUGCCAGUUUGAAAACGUCAUCAGCAUGGACUACAUGGUCUAUUUCAACUUCUUCGGCUGGGUGCUGCCGCCGCUGCUGCUCAUGCUGGUCAUUUAUGCAGAGAUCUUCUACAUGAUCCACAAGCAACUUAACAAUAAGAAGUUCACCACCAGUCACUCAGACCCCAACAAGUACUAUGAUAAGGAGCUGAAUCUUGCUAAAUCGCUGGCUCUGGUUCUUUUUCUCUUUGCCAUCAGCUGGCUCCCCCUCCACAUCAUCAACUGCAUCACACUAUUCUACCCUGAGUGCGAGAAGCCCAUAGUCCUUCUCUACAUCGCCAUCCUGCUCACCCACGGCAACUCUGCUGUCAACCCAAUCGUCUACGCAUUCCGCAUUAAGAAGUUCCGCACGGCAUUCAGGAAAAUCUGGCAGCAUUAUCUCUGCUGCAAGGACACACCAGCUCUGGAGAUUCAGCCCAGUGACAAGAAAGAGAUGCCCAAUCCAGAGCCACUGCAGGCAACAUCACCGCAGCCCCUCCAGAAGAACAUCCUAAAAUCUGAUCCAACACAACAGCAGUUGCCUCCAACUGAGCAGCAGCAGGACCUGAGGACCGAACAACUACAGCAACCUAAAGAACAUCCGCCCUUACUGGAGCAGAAUGUAGUUUAA